CUUACUUACUCGUACUUACUAAGGUAUAAAGCGCCGUCUAUAACUACAAAAAAGCAUCGAAUGACAGCAGAUAUCCCUCUAGUUUCACUCUUACUGCUUGCUUAAGAUACGAUACGCCCGCCCUUGGAUUGACACCGUGCUUGACACCUUGACAUCCUAUUGCCCAAGUACAACCCGACUCUACAUUCCGUCAUAAGUCUCGAUUUCUCUGAUAACUCCCCUCUUGUCUCUGCUGCAUGUUUAUACUCACACUUGUACUCUCACACCAACAUGGCUCCUCCAUCUGCAAUCGCAAAUGGAUUUGAAGCUGAGGCCGUCACGGAUACCGAAGCGAUCGUCCUCCCCAACCCAUUGACUAUCAAGGCCGUUGCAGCAAGACGUAUCAAAGCAGGCAGAUUGGUCGCAAAGACUGCUGCUGCAACUAGCAGUGACCUAUUCAAGACUCCGAAUGCUGGCAAACCUAGGGCAAAAAGAUGGGAUCACUAUCUCAGCGUUGAAGCUAAAGCAAGACAGCCCUCUAGCUUGAAAGGAGCAGCCAAAUAUCUCAGUAAACCUGGAUUGAUAACCCUCGGAGGCGGCCUUCCGCUAGCAGAGAACUUCCCAAUCGAAGAGAUCAGCGUUAAAGUGCCAACUGUGCCUGACUUCUCCGAAACCGAGACAAAAAGAAAUGGAACAACACUAAAAGCUGGAAAGUACGAUGUCACAGAGACAGAUGAUGGCGUAUAUGAUCUGUCCAUUGCGCUGAAUUAUGCUCUGGGAACAGGGUCAGCACAGAUGAUCCGUUUCGUUACUGAACAUACGGAAAUAGUCUGUAACCCGGCAUACGCAGAUUGGCAAUGCGCUCUCACUGUCGGUAGCACAUCUGCGCUAGAUAUUGCUAUCCGGAUGUUCUGUGAAAGAGGCGACUUUAUUCUGUCAGAAGACUAUGCUUUUGCCUCAGCGGUCGAAACAGCUGCUGCCUUGGGAGUUAGAUUUAUCGGAGUAAGUAUGGAUGCCGAAGGACUACUCCCCGAGAGCCUGGAUGAUAUCCUGUCUAGUUGGGAUGAAAAAGCAAGAGGCGCCCGCAAGCCAUUUGUUCUCUAUAUUGUGCCUUCUGGCCAAAAUCCCACCGGAGCAACGCAAUCAUUUCUUCGCCGAAGCGAGAUCUACAAAGUCGCGCAGAAGCAUGAUCUCUACAUAUUUGAAGACGAGCCUUACUACUUUCUGCAAAUGCAACCAUAUACUGGCCCUGACUCCCCAGAUGUACCACCACCAGCUACCAACGAUGAGUUCCUCAAAUCUCUUGUCCCAACCUACCUAAGCAUGGAUGUCGAUGGCCGCGUCAUGAGGAUGGACAGUUUCUCUAAGGUUAUUGCUCCCGGCACUCGAGUCGGAUGGGUCACUGCUUCAGAGCAGAUCAUUGAGCGAUUCGUACGAGCCAAUGAAUGCUCUGUCCAGAAUCCUAGCGGUAUCUCUCAGAUGGUACUGUUCAAGCUAUUAGAUGAGCACUGGGGUCACGAUGGCUAUCUGAAGUGGCUGAUCGACCUCCGUAUGGUAUAUACCAAGCGAAGAGAUGUCAUUCUUGCUGCUUGUGAGAAGAACCUACCUAAGGAAGUGGUCUCCUGGAACCCACCUGCUGCAGGCAUGUUUCUCUGGCUCAGGGUUGAUUGGCACCUCCACCCACACGCCAAGACCAAGACACAUUCCGAGAUCGAAGAAGAGAUAUUCCUCGCAGCAGUUGAUGAAGGGGUUCUUGUCAGCAAAGGUAGUUGGUUUGUAGCAGACCGUGUUGGCUUUGUCCAGACGGAGAUGUUCUUUAGGGCCACAUUUGCAGCCGCUGCCGAGGAUAAAAUGAUAGAAGCUAUUGAGAGAUUCGGUGCUGCUGUUCGUGCAAGCUUUGGGACAAAGUAGUUAGUCAUUAGUAUAGGGAUAAAAUUAACAAUAGUCAUCUGGCGCCAAACUCUUUUCUGUAUAUUUAGAGUAUAAUAGACCAAAAGAUUUGCGGUUUCUUAACAUAAGUGAGUCUGUCGUAUAUUAAUAAGAUAAGAUAG